CCACAGGUAGCCCCCUUCACCUUCCCCAAAUCAAUGAAGGCGGGGACCAGGGUGGCUGUCCAGUGCGUCGUCCAGGGUGACCCCCCGGUGUCCCUCACCUGGCUUCAUAAUUCCGCCCCAGCCACAGCUACACCGGGGGUCAAAGAAUCUCCCCUUGGGGAAUUCAUCUUAGCCCUGUUCAUCGAGAAACUGCGGCCCCACCACGCGGGGAACUACACCUGCCAGGCCAAGUCCCCAGCAGCGACGGUCACCCACACGGCGUCCUUACACGUCCACGUGCCACCGAGAUGGGUCGUCGAGCCCCAUGAUGUCAGCGUUGUCAGGGGGGAAGAUGCCCACCUCACUUGUCACGCCACUGGGUUCCCGCAUCCUACUGUCACUUGGAAGAAGAUCCCGCCAGGCAGAGACAAGACCUACAACAACGUCAACAUCGGCAUGGAUGUUGUCAUGGGGGUCCCUAUAAGUCGAACCUGGAGCAACGGGACGCUGAUCGUCAGUUCGGCCACUGAGGAGGCCGAAGGGAACUACCUUUGCGAAGUCAACAACGGCGUCGGGACUGGAUUGUCGGCCAUCAUCAGUCUGCAGGUGCAUGCUCCCCCUGUGGUCUCCGGAGAGGGCAGCGUAGAGGCUCGACGAGGCGAAACCAUCUCCCUGCACUGUGAAGCCAGAGGUGACAUGCCAAUCACCUUGACCCUGGCUAAAGAUGGGAAGCUCCUCGACACUAAUGAUUACAGAUACAGCCUAGACGUCGUGGAGAGUUCGGAAGGGGUGAGAUCGGAAGUGAGAAUCACCAACGUCGCCCCUCAGGACUCUGCUGUCAUAGCCUGCACGGCUUCGAACGCCUACGGGAGCCACACCCACCACAUGGAACUGAAAGUCCAAGACGCUCCCGAAGCUCCCCGCGACCUGAGAGUGACCCGUGAAGGAAGCAGGUCAGCCACCGUGACCUGGGCAGCACCUCCGUCGCCUAAUGCCCCUAUCACCCAUUAUUCGGUUCAGCUGAAGACCCAGACAGCCUCUUGGGAAGAUGUCAGCAUCAGACAGUUAAGAGCCGAAGGAACCAGUACUUCCAUGGUUCUCAAGGACCUCUUGCCAGCCAAGGUCUAUCAGGUCAGAGUCAUUGCUGUGAAUAGCGUGGGAGACUCUCCCCCUUCGGAGCCCUUGACUCUGAGGACUCAAGGAGAAGCCCCAAGCGCUCCACCUCUCAACGUCAAGGCCAUUGGGAUCAGCCCUAAGGAGGUCCAGCUGACGUGGUCACCCCCAGAUCCUGACACCUGGAAUGGGCAGCUGCUUGGGUAUUACGUUGGCCACAGGAAAGAAGGAGCUCUUGGAAGCGGCCGUUCGUUCAGCUUCGACACUGUGGGAAUGACAGGUGGAAACGAGGAGACCUGGACUGUGGGCAAUUUGGAAAGGUACACUCGUUACAUCUUCGUUUUGCAAGCCUACAACAAUAAUGGACCCGGUCCACUGUCUACUGAGGUGUCAGCCUCCACUCAGGAAGAUGUACCCGAGGCUCCCCCAGAAGAGGUGACCUGUGUUGCCCUGACUUCCACUCGUGUCGAGGUCUCAUGGUCCCCUCCUCCUGCCCACCUCACGCAUGGGGUAGUGACUACGUACACCCUCUCGUACACUCCUAUGGAUGACCACACAGGUUUACCUCCUGGUGAGUCUCGUAUCGUCAACGGACAGAGCGCAACCAUUGGGGACUUGGAACGGUAUACGAACUACUCCAUCACUGUAGCAGCAGCAACAAGAGCUGGCCUAGGAGUCCCGUCUGAGCCAAUCAACUGUGCCACAGAGGAAGAUGUGCCGCAAGCACCGUCGAAGAUCAAAGCAGUAGUGAGCAGCAGCAAGAGUGUCAAAGUGGCCUGGGAUGCCCCAGAAAGGCUGCAUGGGCUUCUGACCAAGUACAUUCUGUACAUCAGGUCUCCACCAUCCAGAGAUCCCGCCAGGCGAAUAUUGCCACCACAGACAAAAUGGUUAGAAGUGACAGAUCUCAUGCCCCAAAAUCGAUAUGAAUUCUGGGUAACGGCUUCUACUCGUGUGGGCGAAGGCCCUCCGUCACCCGUUGUCUCUGCAACUCCCUCAAACUCAGUGGGAGCUGGAGUGUUUAGUGUCGGGGGUGACAUCUACGUUGCUCGGGGCACUGACGUCGUGCUGACCUGUCCUCACGUGGGUCGACCUAAACCUGCUGUGACCUGGCGAAGGGACAAUGCCCCUAUUAACUCUGAGAACAGAUACGUGUUGCAACUCGACGGUGGCUUGCUCAUAAGAGAGUGCCAGAGAGCAGACUCUGGGAAUUAUUCCUGUCACGUCACGAACAAACAUGGCUCUGAUCAUGUCUUGUACACCCUCGUAGUCAUGGUGCCACCUGCUGCCGUGUUGUUACACUCUAUGGGUGCCACACCCAACGAAGUCACCAUAUCUUGGCGACCUGUUGAUGACGGUGGAGCACCUGUCAGGAAAUUGACCCUCACCUGGAGACCUGACCAAGGAGAAUGGAGAGAGAUUUCCCUGGAACGUCAUUUGACCCAGUAUACCCUGAGUGACCUCACCUGUGGCACAGAGUAUCACUUGUAUCUUACUCUGCAUAAUAAGAUUGGUCCUGGAGCUGCCAGCGAGGUCAUCACCGUUCGCACCAAAGGCUCGCGCCCUACUCCCCCGCCCCAGCACCGUCUGAUUACAGCAAACACUACAGCAGUUGCUUUUCGUCUUGCAUCCUGGGUCGACCCUCAGUGUCCAAUCUCACAAUUCAUCAUCAGAAUCAAACCGGCAGGCCAGAGAGACUGGCAAAUAGUAAGUGGACGGCUGCCAGGAACCCAAAAGGAGUAUUCAGUGGGAGAACUUGUUCCAGCCACUCCAUACGAAGUAAGCGUCACCUCAAACAAUCCAGCUGGUGAAACUACUGCCAGCUACAAUUUCAACACACUUGGCAUCACUGGAGAGCACAUACAAGAAGGCUUAGGAUCCCUCGGUGGGGGUAUGAUUGGCACAGCCGUCGGCGUAGGACCCUCGCCAGAGGAUGUGUUUACUGACCCUGCCUUCAUUGUUCCCGUGGUCAUAUCCUGCAUUGCUCUCAUAUCUAUCAUAGUUGCCAUAACACUCUGCCUUAGGAGAAGACCAAUGAACGACCAAGAUGGCGCCACUCCCAGUGAUGGAGUGAGUGAUCCCUCUGCAAAUUCUGUUGCAGAGAACAAGAGCAAUCUUGCAGCGCGCGAGCAGUAUUACGCGACUGUGAGGAAGCCUGCGCCUUCGCCUAUCCACGAUGUCAGUGCUUUGGAACAGAUUCCAGAAUAUGCAGAGGACAUAUACCCUUACGCAACUUUCCAAAUCCAGCGACAGGAGGACACAUUGUCUACACACUUCCAAACUUUUGUGUACCAGGACCCAAGGAGAGCAACUGUAGAGACACUAGCUUAUAGAAAGAGUGGUAGCGGCAAUGGAGGUGAUGGUAGAGAGGGCAGGGGAGGAGGAGGGGGAGGAGGAGGUGGAGUUGUAGGAGGAGGAGGAGGAGGAGGUGUUGGCGGUGGAGGCAGGAACAUAGACCGAGAUAGCGAUGAGUACGGAAGGAUGAAGAGGUGCCGUCUCAAGUAUGGCGGCGAUAGUGAGGAUUAUGACGAUAGCCUAAACAGUGACACAGACACAGAUCAUGCAGCCUCCUCCCGCACUGAAAGUUCGUCCCACCUGGACGACAACACCCACCACACACCCAUGUCGUCUAGAAAUCACCACCACAACCUGCUGUAUGUGGCUUCAGACGCCAGCACAGUUGCCUCCCCACUCUCAGAGCGCAAGUCCCUUCCGAGCAGAUCCCGCUCCAGGUCCAGCGGGAGUGGCAGCUACGCAGUAGUGGGGAUGCCCAAAAUGGGCAGCAGCAGCAGCAGCUCCGCGAAGGUCCCUAUGGGAGGAGUGGGCGUGAUGACGACCGGUGGCAUGGGCAUGGUUCGCUCCCACGCCCAUACCACCCCCGCCCAGAGCCUUGAUGCCUUAGAGAUGAGCGAGACGGAGUGUGACAGAGACAGCAGACGGAGGAGCAACAGCGGAAGGAGAAAACACACUAGUUUUUCUAUUGCAGUGUAGAAAAAAAGAAAGACAAAAAAACAUUAGUGCCAGUGUUUUCCAAGUUUGUGGGGCGGGGGGGUUGGGGUUGGGGGUAAGGGAAACGGGGUAGUUUCAAGUGACUCUGGACGAAAAAGAUACUGAAGUUUACAGUGAUUUCGUGGUACCUCACGUGCAACAACUUUCAAAGAAAGAAAGAAAUGGUACUUUUUUUUAAAUGCCAUAUCAACUUGUUUCUCAUGUAAUAUAACUCAUGUAUUUUACGAAUUUACUCCUAAGGAAAAUGUUCUGCUCUUCUUGUCUGGGAGUGAAGCAACACCCAGCCAUUCGCAGUUUACAGACUGAAACAUCAAAGCAGACUGCCAUGUUUUGAGAGUUGUUCUUCCAGUGCUGUUCUUCAUCUUUUUUUGUGAAUUUUCAAAGUCUUCAGAAAGGAUGUUUUCAUGUUAUCAGAGAGAGCUUUUAUUACGUCAUUCCAGUGACCAUAUCCGUGUUAUUGCAAAUGUAAAUAGUGUUGGCUGGAGAUAAAGUGAUUAUCAUGCUGACUGGAAAAAAAAUGAUCCAGUUUUAUGUACAUUUUCAUGUAUGUUGAAAUUCACGUUUUUGUAGA